AUGGUGACCAUCGAGUCACUGACGAAGGAACAGUUGAAGGACUUCUUACAACAGCAAGAGUUAUCAACUACAGGCAAUAAGGCGGAAUUAGUUGCACGAUUAACUGAACACGUGAAGUCAAGCGGCGUAGUUUUGCAAUUUACUAACGAUAAUGAGGAAUUGCGGGGUGAAAACGAAGAAUUGAGAAAACAAAUUAGCGAACUGCGGCUAAUGGUGCAACAGGUAGUAAUUAACCAGAAUAACGUUAGAAACAAUCAAAACAGUACUUCAGAAAUGCCUAGUAAGAACCGUAACGCGCAUUCUAUACGAGAAAUCGCAGAAGUCUUGCCCGAAUUCGACCCAACGAACGAAGAUUCUAUUACGGCUAAGCAAUUUGUCGAACGUGUUGAAGCUGUUAUGUCUGUAUAUGCGUGGCCCGAAAAAAGUGUGCUUCUUGCAGUGUAUAGCCGUUUGAAGGGUGUAGCGCGCAUGUGGGUGGACGCAUCACCAAGAAUGCAUGCUACUUGGAAGGAGUUCUCAAAUGAGCUUGUCAUCGAGUUCGGUUGCGAACACGAUGAAGCGGAUAUACAUUACAAUAUGUCGCGCGUUGCUCGAAGGCAAAACGAAAUAAUAACUGAGUUCAUUUUUCGUGUCUCUGCGCUAGGACGACGUCACAAUCUUAGUGAGAUGGCUAUCACGAAAUACGUCCAAGAAGGAUUAAAACAUCGAGAACUACAAAUGGCGAUUGCUCCGCAAAAAUUCGUAUCUAUUAAAGAAAUGCGUGAAACAUGCGAGAACUUUUUUCAAAAUUGCAUUGAGAUAAACGAAAAGCCUUUUCAUAAUGCGAACAAAGAAUACAAUCGUUCAGUAAAGCAAAGAAUGUUAUGUGUUACAAUUGUGGUGCACCCCAAAAAUGAACAGCAAAAUUGCGGAAAACCAUCCGCUUUCGUGCGAAAAACAAGUAUUAUCGACAAUAAAUUUCUUAAGAAAAUAACGAUUGAUGGCAAGCAAGGCAUUGCAUUUAUGGAUACUAAAAGCGAAUGUAAUAUGGUCCGGGAAACAUUUGCCAACGAUAUUGGUGGUACGCGCAGCAAAAACCCAUUUAUCAUCGGUGGAUUCGGUGGUGGUAUAGAACGAUCUGAGAUACAAAUUGAGACGGAUUUGAAAAUCGAUGAGGUUGAAAAACUGUUGACGUUGCACGUCUUCAAAGAUUGUGUGUUGAAUUACGAUCUAUUGCUCGGGGACGAAAUAUUUAAUAGCGAAAAUAUACGCGCCGUAUAUGACAACGGACAGUUCAAAUUCGCAGACAAAGUAAAAACGACGUGUAAAAUUAAUAAACUUAGUCCAAUAACGGAAGAUGACGUGUGUAUGGACACUGUAAAUGCAGAUUCUAAGGGAAAGCUGUUAGAGGUGAUGAAUGAAUUCCGAGAAUGUUUCGCUACAGGUAUGGAUGGAAUCGGCAAAACUAGUGUAGUCGAAAUGAAAAUUGAGUUAAUGACCAACGAGGUGAUCGCACAAGUCCCGUAUAGAGUUCCGGAACGGAAAAAAGAAAUCGUUGCGAAGAAAACUCAAGAGUUGUUCGACAAUGAUAUUAUAGCUCCGUCUGAAUCAGUUAUGCGAGUCCAAUGUUGCUUGUGA